AGCUGUGUGUACGGCAGGCUGGCUCUGAGCGGGUGCGUGUUUCAUUAUCAUGUCAGUGAUGGAAGACGAAGAAUUGGAAUUCGAUGAUCUAGAGGCGAUCCUGCAUCUCACACCUGAGGUGCAAUUGGCCAUCGAACAGGUUUUUCCCAGCCAGGAUCCGUUGGACAGAGCAGAUUUCAACGCCGUGGAGUAUAUCAACACCCUGUUUCCCACCGAACAGUCCCUGGCCAACAUAGAUGAUGUGGUGAACAAGAUCCGUCUGAAAAUCCGGCGCCUGGAUGACAACAUUAGGACGGUGGUGAGGGGACAGACGAACGUGGGACAGGAUGGUCGGCAGGCCCUGGAGGAGGCUCAGAAGGCCAUCCAGCAGCUCUUUGGCAAAAUUAAAGACAUCAAGGACAAGGCGGAGAAGUCAGAGCAAAUGGUGAAAGAGAUCACUCGCGACAUCAAGCAGCUGGACCAUGCGAAGCGGCACCUGACCACCUCCAUCACCACUCUCAACCACCUGCACAUGCUGGCUGGAGGGGUGGACUCUCUGGAAGCCAUGACGAGGCGGAGGCAGUAUGGGGAGGUGGCUAACCUGCUGCAGGGCGUGGUCAAUGUGCUGGAACACUUUCACAAGUACAUGAGCAUCCCCCAGAUCCGCCAGCUGUCUGAGAGGGUGAAAGCAGCACAGAGCGAAUUGGGGACACAGAUAUUGGCUGACUUCGAAGAGGCUUUUCCCUCUCAGGGGUCAAAGAGGGCAGGGGGACCCAGCAAUGUUCUGAGGGACGCCUGCCUGGUGGCUAAUGUCCUGGACCCCCGGAUCAAGCAGGAGAUCAUUAAGAAGUUCAUCAGACAGCAUCUCUCCGAGUACCUGGUGCUGUUCCAGGAGAACCAAGACGUGGCGUGGCUGGAUAAGAUCGACCGGCGCUACGCCUGGAUUAAGCGGCAGCUGGUGGACUACGAGGAGAAGUACGGCCGCAUGUUCCCCGGAGAGUGGUGCAUGACCGAGCGCAUAGCCGUGGAGUUCUGCCACAUCACCAGGACGGAGCUGGCUCGGCUGAUGAGGACUCGCGCUCGGGAGAUUGAGGUGAAGCUGCUGCUCUUCGCCAUCCAGAGAACCACCAACUUCGAGGGCCUGCUGGCCAAGCGCUUCUCCGGGAGCACGCUGAACGACGGCGCGGGGCAGAAGAAGGCGGAGUCGCCCCUGGAGCCCACAAACCCUUUCCUGGAAGACGAGGCGGGAGAUGACCUCGCGUCGGAGAAGGAGGAGGAGCUGGACAGGCCCAAGAAGCCAAAGGCGCCAGAUAACCCCUUCCAUGGCAUUGUGUCCAAGUGCUUUGAGCCGCACCUCUACGUGUACAUCGAGUCACAGGACAAGAACCUCGGGGAGCUGAUCGAGCGCUUCGUGGCAGACUUCCGGGCACAGGGGCCCCCGAAGUGUGGCUCAGAGGAGGGGGGAGCGGUGCUCCCCAGCUGUGCGGACCUGUUUGUGUAUUAUAAGAAGUGUAUGGUGCAGUGCUCCCAGCUCAGUACAGGGGAGCCAAUGAUCGCCCUCACCACCAUCUUCCAGAAGUACCUGCGCGAAUACGCCUGGAAGAUCCUGUCUGGAAACCUGCCAAAGACGAGCAGUGGGAGUGGUGGUUUGACCAUCAGCAGCCUGCUGAAGGAGAAGGAGGGGUCAGAGACGGCCAAAUUCACCGUGGAGGAACUCUGCCUCAUCUGCAGUAUCCUCAGCACUGCAGAGUACUGCCUGGCCACCACCCAGCAGCUGGAGGAAAAGCUGAAGGAGAAGGUGGACAAGGCCCUGGUGGAAAGGAUUAACCUGACUGGGGAGAUGGACACCUUCAGCACGGUGAUCUCCAACAGCAUCCAGCUGCUGGUGCAGGACCUGGACUCGGCAUGCGACCCGGCACUCACCGCCAUGAGCAAGAUGCCGUGGCAGAGCGUGGAGCACGUUGGGGACCAGAGCCCGUACGUCACCUCUGUGAUCAUGCACAUCAAACAGAACGUCCCCGUCAUCAGGGACAACCUGGCCUCCACCCGAAAGUACUUCACCCAGUUCUGCAUCAAGUUCACAAACUCCUUCAUCCCCAAGUUCAUCAAUCACCUGUUCAGGUGUAAGCCUGUCAGCAUGGUGGGAGCAGAACAGCUCCUGUUGGACACGCACUCGCUGAAGACUGUUCUGUUGGACCUGCCCUCCAUUGGGUCACAGGUGGUCCGGAAGGCUCCGGCCAGCUACACUAAGAUCGUGGUGAAGGGUAUGACCCGCGCUGAGAUGAUCCUGAAGGUGGUGAUGGCCCCCCAUGAGCCGGCUGUGGUUUUUGUGGAUAACUACAUCAAGCUGCUCGCUGACGGGAACCCCGAGACCUUCCAGAAGAUCCUGGACAUGAAGGGACUGAAACGCAGUGAGCAGAGCAGUAUGCUGGAGCUCUUCAGGCAGCGAUUACCUACACCUCCCUCAGGGAGCGACAGUGUCCCCUCUCUAUCCUUCAGUGCCCCAACACCGGAGCAGGAGUCGUCCCGCAUCCGAAAACUGGAAAAGCUAAUCAAAAAGAGACUGUGAGCCCGGGUGGGGCCUCCCAUUGCCCACGCCCUCCCCCCUGCCACACCCCCUAUCCUUGUGCCCUCUCACCCCAUCAUCAUGCCAACAGCAUUUGGAAUCUUCCAGCAGAGCUGAGCCCUGUCCUCAUACCCCAGGUUCACUGAGGAAGAGCCCACAGAAGGGUAAACGCAAGCAGCAGCACUUUCAUCUGCAUGUGGUUUCUGUCAGUCAUUUCCUACUGAUGAAGAAACCCACAGAGCUGAAAGUGCUGCUGCUUUGUCCUUUAAAGUUAAAGAUGAACCCAGCCCGAUUUCAAAACUGUUACUGGAAGAUAUGAAGAAAUUUCUGGAGGCCACUGCUUCCAUGCGUGAGUCAGGCUCUGCUCCGUGUGCUGCAGUGGUGCACAGGUCUUGUCAUAUGGUUUCAUUCAUAUUGCAUUCAUGUGCUCACUCUUGUCUGAACAGAACAGAACAGAUCAGAGACAGAGCAGGAGAGGGGCAGUGGAUGCAGGCCAGGGUCACUCCCACUGCCCCUCCCAGAGGAACAGCACUUUUUGCUCACUUGGGGAGGAAAUUUUGAAAGGCUCUUGCUCCCUUUUCACUGUGCUCUGAGAGCUGGGUGGUUCUGCUGAUCACUAAACAAGCCCCAAACUGACCUUUUGGCCCAGUGAGGCCUCCACCCACAGACUGGCCCUGAGUCCUGUCAGGGCUGAGUGUGCCCAACCCCCCCCCCCCAUCUGUCCAUGUGCAAAAGAUCCUGUUCAGAGCUCCACAGUGGGGAGGGAGCCAGUAUGAUGUUUCAGCAUUAACCUGUGAGUGCCCAUAUCUAUACUUCUGCAGAAGUGAUCGUGUCCAUGAGAAGUGAAGAUAUGUUUGAGUGGUGAGUUAGAUACUGGCUCAGAAUGCCAUAAUGAGCUGUGCACUCCAUUCUGAGAGACAUGCUUAUUAAUAUAUUCAUAUUUCUGUCCAGCGUGAUUGCUGUACACAUUCCUGCCUUUUGUUUAUAAGAAUUGC